AGGGCGAAAAUCCUCACCGAAGGAAGAAUCCGACCUGAUUUCAUCAAUAGGACGACAUCAGCAUCGUGCAACGUGCUCGGUUUCCCCAUGAAGGAGACGUCUGUGUUGGGCCAACGACGAGACAGACGGUUUCAAUUGCCCUCACGGACGGGUAGGUCUUUUUCGACCUCGGCGUCACCCUCAAAAUUGUUCCUCCGUAUAUCGAGACGUUCGACCAACACCGAGUCCCAUCGAAAAUAUUUUGCCACCAAAUUCAUAUCCACCUCAUCAUGUUUCAUUUCGAGAUCCGUCUAUGCAACUCUUAUCAAGAAAGAAACUGUGAAUUGCAAGGGGUUUGAAGAUGGGUUAUGUCUCUCAGGGAAAACUGGCGAGAAGAUAUAUGGCAUUAAAAGCUCCAUAGCCCAUGUACCUCCUAAUGCCAGGGGCCUCUAUGUUGACAUAAAAAAUUGUAUCGCCCAAAGAAUCAACGCCAUGUGGAGGAUUAAGAAAAUUAAGGCAGAACUCGAGGUGCGCGGUAGUCGCAUCACCGCAUGGGUUAAAUGUAUGGACCUCAAACAUUUCACCAAAAACAAAUAUGUGGAAGGUGAUGUAAUCGGCAUUAGAAAUUAUUGGGUGGAAAGUAAUGUCGGUAAAUAUCGCCUCACUUCUCAUGAAUUCAAGAUCAUAUUGCAUCAAGGCACUCAAUUCUUGAAGAUCAAAGGACAUUUCCCAGUUCACCGAUUUAAUUUCAAGGAUUUUGCUGAACUUCAAGAUGUCGACAAUAUUGAUGAAAUUAAUCUAUUCGGUAAGCAUGUAGUUUUGUUUUAUUUCAUAUUAAAUAUUAGAUGUGUAAUUAUAUUCACUAUUAUUUUUUUUUAUUAUAUUUAUUGUCCUAUCAAUUGUCUAAAUCUGAAAUUUAAUAUAAAAUUAUAUUUAUGCGGAUUGUUAGUUAAUGACAGAGAGUAUAUAGACGGUAUAACCGAAGCAAGUCAUUGGGCAUCUGCAGAGUCUCUUAGGCGUAUGUUUGUGUCGUUGUUGAUUUCUGGUUCUUUGAGUAGACCUGAUGACGUAUGGCGGCAAUCUUGGAUAUUAUUAUCUGAAAAUAUUCUAUACAGGCAACGACGAUUGUUCAAUAAUGAUG